GAGGCGUCCAUUGACAAUCCGCCCCGGUGUAAUCAAAACAUCGCACGUAUUUGCUUCAAGCAAACUUGGCCUUCGCUGUCGAUUAGUAAGCCAAGUUAGCCUAUAAAUCACACCAAAAUACACGUAACAUAGCUUCAGACCCAUCAAUUUGUUAGUCUUGUUCUGUUCUGUUCUCUUCUCUUCUGAUUAUCUCGUUGUGUUCUUCAUGCAAUCCAGCUUUUCUGUUCCAUAACGAUCGGACAGUCGGGGGCUCGGGGCGUGCGCAGUAGCAUCAUACCCAAAGAAAAGAAUAGUGUGUGCGCGCGCACGCGCAUCCAUGGCGCUGAAUCCGCUCUUCACCGUCACGUUCGACGUGAACAGCAGCGACAACUACGGCGACUUCAUCGCCGGACUCCGCCACAGGCUGGGCAACCCGAGGCACUUCUCCCGCAACCGCCCCGUCCUCCCGCCGGUCGAAGGAGGAGCCAACCACCCGCCGCUCCGCUGGUUCCACGUCGUGCUCAGGACGCAGGCCGGCGCGCUCACGCUCGCCACCCGCGCCGACAACCUCUACCUGGAGGGCUUCCAGAGCCGCGACGGCACCUGGUGGGAGCUCACCCGCGGCCUCAUCCCCGGCGCCACGUACCUGAGCUUCGGUGGCACGUACCCCGACCUGCUCGGCGACACGGACCGGCUGGUCGGCGUCGCCCUCGGCCCUGCGCAGAUGACGGAGGCCGUGAACGUGCUCGCCGCGCGCACCAGGGCCGACCUCGCCUCCCGUGCGGCGCAGCGGCGGGCGAGGGACGCGCUGCCGGUGCUGCUGCUGAUGGUGCACGAGGCCACGCGGUUCGUGACCGUGUCGGGGCUCGUGGCCGGCCUGAUGCACCCGAAGGCGGCGAUGAAGAGGGGCACGAUCACCGCGCAGAUGAAGGCGCAGGUGAACGGGUGGAAGGACCUGUCCGCCGCGCUGCUGAAGGCGGACGCGCGGCCGCCGGUGCCGUUCACGCCGUUCGAAGGCAUGGGUGUGGGCACGGUGGAGCAGGCCGCCGCGACGGUGGGGAUCUUGCUGUUUGUUGAGGUGCCGGGCUGCAUGACGGCCGCGACAGCGUUGCGGCUGUUCCGUGAGGGCUAGGCAAUUGCUGCACUACCACUAGGCUGCUGGCUGAGGCAGCAAAAAUCCAAGGGAACUGCUUGUCGCUGUAAAAAUUAGGAAUAACGACUUAAAUUUGCUGGUGUGUGCAUGCUCUCGGUCAGGAGCUGAAUAAUAAAUAGUACUCUAUGCUUUUAUAUAA